AUGGAAUUCAGUUCAAGAGAGGCAGUAAUCAAGGCAAUGAAAGAUUAUACCAUCCGGAGAGGUGUAGACUAUCGGGUAUAUGAGUCGGAACCGAUGACAUUCUAUGCCAAAUGUACAGAAUAUGACAAUGGUUGUGACUGGUUGAUCAGGAUUACCAAAAUGCAGAAGAAGUACUGUUGGAAGAUAAGGAGGUACAAUGGAAGUCACACUUGUACCAGGUCUACUAUUUCUCAAGACCAUUCGAAGCUGGAUUCCAAGACAGUUGCAGAAGUAAUUAAGCCGUUGGUAGAGGUUAACCCGUCUAUAAAGGUGAAAUCAGUCAUUGCUGAAGUCCAGUCAAAGUUUAACUACACCAUCAGUUAUCGCAAGGCUUGGUUAGCAAAGCAGCAGGCGGUGGAAUCAAUUUUCGGAGGUUGGGAAGUAUCGUAUGAAGCUUUGCCCAUAUGGUUUGAGGUCAUGUGUCACAAGGAUCCAUCAGCAGUGGUUUACUUUGAAACAAUGCUUGCUUACCAGGGGGAUGAUUUGGUUCCUGAUAUACGUGUACUACAUAGAGUCUUUUGGAGUUAUUACCCUUGUAUAAGGGCCUUCAGACACUGCAAGCCAGUGGUGCAGAUAGACAAAACUCAUUUGUAUGGAAAAAACAAGGGUUGUUUAUUGGUUGCAGUCUCACAAGAUGGUAAUAACAACAUCGUACCUAUUGCAUUUGCCAUAGUGGAGGGAGAAACUUCUGAUACAUGUAUUAUUCCUCAUAACACAGCAUACUAA